GGAGUCUUUAUCUUUAGUGUAACUUUUGGAAAACGUGUUUAACUUGCCUAUCCAUGGGACUAUAUAUUAAUGUGCAACCAAAAUUAGAAACCACAUCCAUCUUCCAUACAAUAUUGAAACCAUAAUCAUGAGGGAAACAUUCCAUGCUGUGCUUGUUCUAGUGGCUGUAUUGUCCUUUGGAGCUGCAGAGUUUUGUUUCAGUCGGAACACGAGCUUAAGCUGUAUAGAGGGGGAGAGGGAAGCCCUCUUGAAGUUCAAACUUUGUUUCAAUGAUUUAUCUGAUAUGUUGUCUUCUUGGAAAGGCAAUGACUAUUGUGAAUGGAGAGGAGUAGCCUGUGACAAAAAUGGUGGACAUGUUGUCUCGCUUAAACUCAGGGGAUCCAUAUUUGAUCAAUCUCAAUUGUAUUUGAUUGAUGAUGCAGAGGAGGUUGUUUCAGGCUUGCUCAAGCUGAGAUACUUGGAACACCUGGACUUGAGCGGAAAUGACGUCAAUAACAACCUUAUUCCACCCUCCUUUGGUUUGAUGAAGCAGCUAAGGUACCUAAAUCUCUCUUUUAUGAACUUUAAAGGAAGAAUUCCUGGUGAACUCGGUAAUCUUACGAGGCUUCAUGUACUUGAUCUUUCCAACGAAAAUUAUGGGGUAUUGAAGGUUGAUGAUGUUCAGUGGAUUUCUCAUCUCUCCUCUUUGCAACAACUUGAUAUGAGUGGGGUAAAUCUAAGCCAUGCCUCAUCAAACUUAUUCCAGGUACUUGGCAUGCUUUCUUCAUUAUCAUGGUUACGUCUAUCAGAUUGUAAUCUGAAAAAUUCUCACCUACCAUCUCACAACCAUCCCCUUAAUUUUACAUUGCUUGGCAACAUUCAGUACUUAGAUCUUUCACUAAACUUUUUCCAAGGUCCAAUACCUAUAUUUCUCCAAAAUAUGACUUCCUUGAUAUUUCUUUCUCUUUAUGCCAAUCAAUUGAGUGGAAGUAUUUCAGAUAGCAUCGGGCAACUUUCUAAGUUAAAGAGCAUAGAUCUUUGUAGUAAUCAAUUGAGUGGGAGUAUUUCAGAUAGCAUCAAGCAACUUUCUAAGUUUGAGAGCAUAGAUCUUUCAAGCAAUCAAUUGAGUGGGAGUAUUCCAGAUAGCAUCGGGCAACUUUCUAAGUUAGAGAGCAUAGAUCUUUUUAGCAAUCAAUUGAGUGGGAGUAUUCCAGAUAGCAUCGGGCAACUUUCUAAGUUAGAGGGCAUAGAUCUUUCUAGCAAUCAAUUGAGUGGGAGUAUUCCAAAUAGCAUCGGGCAACUCUCUAAGUUAGAGGGCAUAGAUCUUUCUAGUAAUCAAUUGAGUGGGAGGAUUCCAGAUAGCAUCGGGCAACUCUCUAAGUUAGAGGGCAUAGAUCUUUCUAGCAAUCAAUUGAGUGGGAGUAUUCCAGAUAGCAUCGGACAACUCUCUAAGUUAGAAAGCAUAGAUCUUUCUAACAAUCAAUUGAGUGGGAGUAUUCCAUAUAGCAUCGGACAACUCUCUAAGUUUGAGAGCAUAGAUCUUUCGAGCAAUCAAUUGAAUGGGAGUAUUCCAAAUAGCAUCAGACAACUCUCUAAGUUUGAGAGCAUAGAUCUUUCGAGCAAUCAAUUGAGUGGGAGUAUUCCAAAUAGCAUCGGACAACUCUCUAAGUUAAAGAGCAUAGAUCUGUCUAGCAAUCAAUUGAGUGGGAGUAUUCCAGAUAGCAUCGGGCAACUUUCUAAGUUAGAGAGCAUAAAUCUUUCUUUCAAUCAAUUGAGUGGGAGUAUUCUAGAAAGCAUCGGGCAACUUUCUAAGUUAGAAAGCAUAGAUCUUUCUAGCAAUCAAUUGAGUGGGAGUAUUCCAGAUAGCAUCGGGCAACUUUCUAAGUUAGAGAACAUAUAUCUUUCUAUCAAUCAAUUGAGUGGGAGUAUUCCAGAUAGCAUCGUGCAACAUUCUAAGUUAGAGAGCAUAUAUCUUUCUAACAAUCAAUUUGAUGGAAGUAUUCUAGAUAACAUCGGACAACUUUCUAAGUUACGGUACAUAGAUCUUUCUGGCAAUGAACUUGGAACAGGAUUUCCUAAGUGGCCUCUAUUGCAAAAGAAAAUAGUCAUGGUUGAUCUCUCUAAUGCUAGCAUCUCAGGUCCUCUUCCAGAAAACAUCAGUCAUAUGAUGCCAAUGUUGAUGGAAUUAUAUCUUGCAAAUAACCUCAUGAACGGUUCAAUUCCAAAGUCGCUAUGCAAUUCAAGAUAUUUGGAAGUUCUUGAUCUUUCAAACAAUAUGUUUUCUGGAAGUAUUCCCAAUUGUUGGAGAAAUGAUCAAUCAUUCAAUUUUAUUGAUCUAUCUUCUAACAAUCUCUCGGGUUUAUUUCCAAGUACAAUAGGGCUGCUUUCUUGUUUAUACGUACUGCACUUGAACAACAAUAGUCUCCAUGGUGAACUACAUAUGGCCUUGAAAAACUUCACUUCUUUAGUGGUUUUGGAUUUGGGUGAAAAUAAAUUUUCUGGAAAUUUAACAAGCAUUGUAAGGGGUGAGAUUGGCAACCACAACCACUCUUUAAAAAUUCUUCGAUUACACAAAAACUUGGUUUCUAGUUAUAUUCCUUUGGAACUGUGCUAUCUCUCUCAAUUGCAAAUUCUAGAUCUUGCAGAUAACAAUUUGACAGGAAGGAUUCCUCCUUGUUUUGGAAAGUUUCCAGCUAUGGUGAAUGCAACAAAAUUGAUCAACAGCAUGAGUGAGAUUUAUUGGUAUUGGGCGCAUUUAAUGGAGGUUGUGAAAGGGAGAUACCUUGAGUAUACAAGAAAAACCUUGGGACUCGAGAGUAGUAUAGAUCUUUCGAGUAACAAUCUAAUAGGAUCCAUACCAGACGAGCUAAUUUUCCUUAAGGAUUUGCACAAUUUGAAUUUGUCUUGGAAUCAUCUCUCAGGAAAGAUCCCUGAGAAAAUUGGACAAAUGGAGAAUUUGGAAUCUCUUGAUUUCUCCCAAAAUGGCCUUUCAGGAACAAUCCCAAAAAGCAUGUCAGGUUUAACCAAGUUAAGCCACCUCAACUUGUCCUACAACAACUUGUCAGGGCCAAUUCCAACAGGCUAUCAACUCCAAACACUCGAAGAUCCAACCAUUUACAUUGGCAAUCAUCAACUCUGUGGAGCUCCACUCUUGAAGAAAUGCUCAAAUGAUUUGCUACCUCCUCCAACCGACAACUUCAAGGAUAAUGAUGAAGGUGCACUUGAAAGAAUGUGGUUUUACAUUGUCGUGAUGUUAGGCUUUGCAACUGGAUUUUGGGGAGUCGUGGGAACUUUGAUUUUUGUGAAAAGUUGGAGAUAUGCUUAUUUUCAAUGGGUGGAUGAUAUCAAACACUGGAUCCUUGUGGGUAUUACAUGGAAGGUGGUGCAAUUCAAAAAGAUGUUCAAUGGUAACCCAGAUGAUUAGUGAGUUAUAUAUGAAGUAUAUUAUUGUUGCUACAUUUAUUAUAAAACUAAUUGGACAAC